AUGUCCGAAGUUGAGUUUCAAACUCGCUUUGAUGUGGCGGAAGCAAAGUAUGGUCUAGCCAAGGAGCCGGUCAAGGCAUUGCUCAGUAUAUCUCGCCACAAAGAAAAGGUGUGCCGUGCCUUCACAGGAAGCGUCUUCACAUGCAGCAGCCUGGCCACGCAGCGCGGGCUCAAGAAAAAAGAGCUGCGUCGCUUCAACCUUCUCCAGUUGGCCGAGCACUUAUGGGGCAUAUUUCAACAACAAGAAAUCAAGGCAUGCGACGAAUUGGUCACCCUUUUGGUGGCGAAGCGGCGCUGGUCGAACUACGUCGACGGCCUAUGGCGAGCGAAUGUGCUGAAGGCAGAGACGUCGCCUCAUGUCACCAAGGUUGCCGGGAUUUGGUAUGUGUCGGGAAGGAGGACAUCCGGGCUGUGA